AUGGGGUGCGCCCCGUCCAAGGAACGCGACGCGCUCGAGCGCGACCGCGCCGAGCUCAGCGCGCAGCGAAGGCAACUCGCGAUGGAGCGGCAGGCGUGGGAGCGGCAGCAGCGCGCGAACGCGACGCCGGCGCCGUACUACCCGCCGGCGCCGCCGCCGCGGCAGCAGCAGCAGCAGCACGUCGCGCCGCCGCCGCCGCCGCCGCCGCCGCCGCCCGUCGUCGCCGCGCCCACCGUGGUCGCGAUCCCGCCGUCGACGGCGGUGACGUACGUCGUCGUGCCCGAUCCGGCCGCGAUGCGCGCGUGGGCGUACCCGGGGCAGGUCAUCUGGACGCCGCAGACGCCGCCGACGCUGUACCCGGCGAUCUCGCAGCGGAUUCCGAACUAUCCUCCUCCGCCGGCCGGGAACUGGACGUACCCGCCCGCGCCAGGGUCGAACCUCUCCCUGCACGCGUCCAGAAUCGGGUGGCUCCUCGAGCCCGGCCCGACGGUCGCGAAGAGCGACUACGUGUACACCAGAGAGACGAAACACUUCGGGGACAUGUUAAACGAGAAAGGAUUCCCCGUCGCGCGCGUGAUGGACAUCGUCCCGCACGAGGUCCACGCGGGCGAGGGCUUGCGCAUGUGCGGCGCGAAGGCGCGAGGGAAGUUUACGCAGGACGACAGGAAGACGGAGUACGCGUUGGGGACCGUGGACCUGGGGACGGUGCGGACGACGAUGGGGAAGGGCGUCUCCGCGAAAGUUUGCGUCAAUUAUUUCGCGCAGCCGCUCGACGACGCGGUCUUGUUCCACCUCGGGAACGGCUUGGACGACAUCUUCCAGGUCAAGCACGACCGAGGGAACGUCCUGAAGUUUCAGGUCACCCCCGGCGCGCCCGGCGAGGGGUGCACUAAAGGCGUCAAGAUGGACGGCGUGUGCGGCUGGAACGACCGCGCCAGCGUGGACUUUCGCGUCGACGACGCGUUCCUCUCGAGUGUGAUACGAACCGUCGUCGCGGUACUCGAACCGUCGGGAAAGCAGCGGCUGUACGUCGACGGCGCGCUCGUGGGCCAGGGCGACGGCAUCGCGCUGCCGCGCGGGGCGGCGGAUCCGUACGAGGGUCAGAUGAAGAAAGACGGGGAGGCGUGCGAGAGGAGAGAGUGUUGGCUCGGGCGGUGGAUGCGGCCGGACCAGUCCUCGCCGUUGUACGCGGGGAUCGUGUCCUUGGAUCUGUUUGACGACGCGCUGACCCCGGAGCAAGUCGCGGAGGUCUCGAGGCCGGCGGCGUAG